AUGGCCUUCCUUCAGUACCACGAGGAGACUGAUAGGGCUGGGUACCUGUCCAACAUGCCGUAUCUAUCUCAGCAUGAGCCUGAUUACAUCAAAAAUCAAGACCUCGCCGACCGAAUUGAUCCCCUUCUCCAAUGUCAAACAUCAUAUGCCGGCGGACCUAUUGGUACCAGUGGCUUGCAGAGAUAUCUCCAGGAGCCACAGAACAGCUUCUUCACCGCACCGCAACAAGUUUCAAUGCAUAGUGCCUAUUACACAGGCGUAUACCCAAACAUGGGCCAAUCCCUUCACCACAACUCGCAGUUCCGACAUGGCUCUCCAGUAUCCUACCAGCAUUCGUCGGUCGCUAGUGGACCUCAGAGUCCCCCGUUAACGGAUAACGAUGGACAUGUUGACAGCACUCGAGGGCCAUCUACUCCAUCUGAUACUGCUGCUCUUUCCCCUCAUAUAGUUUCCCUCGGCUCUCCACCCCCCAACGUUUCACUGUAUGGGCUCUCGAGUGUCUCUCAAGGAUGUGUGAACCCAGCAGUGAUACAGCCAGCCCAAACCUUCGACCACAACCCUGGAGAGGAAGACUUGACUGGCUUCGAACUCGACAUUCAUCUGAGCUUUGAAGACACUACGCCUGUCUCAACCUCUCCUGAUAGCAAUUCGAACAACGCAUUGUCGAUAAAUACCCCGAACUCUCUAGCAGAGCCUCGAAACCAUAUCGAAACCCUUUAUCCUGAAAUUGAGAGUAUGGAUGUCGAUAUAAAAGUCGAGGACGAACUGAUCGCUGAGAAUUUGUCCACUGUGGCUGAAGAUGAUGAUGACGAGUACAAGCCUACUCGUAGAGCCAAGUCGUCUAGGCCCUCUAGAGGCAAGAGUCGCCGUGGUCGCACGACACGACCAACCCCUACUGUCUCUGUCAACACAGCAGGAGCCGUCAAAUCACAGCGCUCUCGAGCUUCGGCAAGUCGGACUUUACUAUCAACAUCUUCUGAUAGAACUGCCAUGUGCACGCAAUGCAAUCAACCUUUCACCGACGGGAUACAGCUCCAGAAACAUAUCAGCGCCUUGCACAAUCGUCCAUUUAUCUGCGUCUUCCAUUUCGCAGGAUGCAACCAGGUGUUUGCUAAUAAGAAUGAAUGGAAACGACAUGUUUCGGCGCAACAUCUGAACCUCAACUAUUGGCUCUGUACAUCUGGCGGCUGUGGGCAUUCAUCAAGUGCCUCCCGGGCAACCCCAGAUGCCCCUACACACUGCCGAGUUUUUAGAAGAAAGGAUCUUUAUACCCAGCAUAUCCGCCGGAUGCACGCACCCCCAGAAGUUGCCCAAGCUGAUAAGAGGGAUAAGACCUUUCCUCUCGAUUGGAUGAUCAAGGAGAAGGCGCUACAGGAUAAAGCAUUUCGACAACGUUGUCAGCUACCGCAGUACAUGUGCUGCCCAGCCAAGGGUUGCAUGACUGUUUUCGAUAAUGGCCCGCGGACCUGGGACAACCGCAUGGAGCAUGUUGCGAUUCACCUUGACCGUGCAGCUAAAAGCGAAGAACCACCAAUCAUUUUUGGCGGUGACAACGACAAAGCCUUGACCGAUUGGGCAUCACAGCCUGAUGUUCGAGUAAUCAGGUCUAACGGAGUAGGCUGGGAAACAUGCCAGCCACUGAAAGCAGCUAGGAUCGAGAUCUCUAAGCUGUCAGGCCUUGAUGAAGGCCUCGACGAGGAUGCAGAAGGUGAAGAAUGUUAA